GUGAUUGGCUGUGGCCUUAUAAACUGCAGUGACGUCAUCGUGGAUGUGGGCUGAAGAAGCUGCUGGAACUCUCUUCACUAAACACCGACCAGAGAUAUCGGAGCUGCUGCUGCUGUAAAUCCUGGGCCCCGUUUAUCACAGCAGACAUGUCUGACUUCUCAGAAGACCAGAUCCAGGAAUAUAAGGAGGCCUUUCUUUUGUUCGAUCGGACCGGUGAUGGGAAGAUCACCUACAAUCAGUGUGGCGACGUCAUGCGUGCCCUGGGACAGAACCCGAUCAAUGCUGAAGUUCUCAAAGUCCUGGGAAACCCUAAAGCAGAAGAGAUGAAUCAUAAGAUGCUGGACUUUGAACAGUUCCUGCCGAUGCUCCAGGCCAUCGCUAAGAACAAGGACCAGGGAACGUACGACGACAUCGUGGAGGGUCUGCGAGUGUUUGACAAGGAGGGGAAUGGUAAAGUGAUGGGAGCAGAGCUGCGUCACGUCCUCACAACUUUAGGUGAGAAAAUGACGGAGGAGGAAGUGGAGACGCUUCUAGUGGGACAUGAAGAUGCCAAUGGCUGCAUUAACUAUGAAGAACUGGUCCGGAUGGUGAUGAGUGGAUAAGCAGGAGCAGAACAUACACUUCCAGCUUUAAAGCUACUCCUUAGUAUUUUUGUACCAUGUGUCCUGUCGUCCCAUCUUGUCCCCACCUGUUUCUGUUCUCUUCAUUCCUUUUCUUUUUCUCUUUAUUUUUUUAUGGAUGUCUUUACUUUUUUUAAGUGCCUUUUUUUUAUCCAAAGCAUGAAGACCUUCUCCUCUAAUGGUCCAAGCACAAUUCAGUCUCUCUUGCAUCAACAGUACUUCCCCUCGGCGUCACUCAGCAGUUGUCCACUGUCCCUCACCUCGUCAAAUGGACAUGAUAAUGUGAAAUGUUACAUUUAACAGUGUUGAAUAAAAUCCUCUACAAAAACA